AAUAUAUUUUUAAAUACAUGCUUCAGAGCUUAUCGCCGCACUUAUAGAAUGUAUAUUGAUGUCUGUCAUUCUCUUCUCAGAUCGCGUGUUUACAUUUUUUAUUCUAGUAAUAGUCAAUGGAAUAAAGUUUGCAUAUGAUUUGGGGAAUUAUUCUUGAAACCAAAGUAUUUAUACGAAGACACUGUGUCGUUAAUAAAAACAGAACAACGUAUUUGACAACAAGAAUAACAUUGCUUCGCAGUUGAAGAAAUGGGUACAAACUCCACACCGGGUGGCGAACCUGAACCAAUAGAUAAAUUAUCACCAGAACCAGAACCAGAUUUUUCUACAGCAAGAGCCAUAUGGGUAACCGCAUGGCCAUGUCAUCAUUAUAUAUUUGCUGCCAUUUUUUUUAUUCUUAUGCUGUAUAAUCUCAAUAGCAUACUUGGUUUAGUUUACAAAACCCAGAAAUCAGUGCGAAGACGAAAAAUAUUCUUGGCUAUAAAUAUUUUGUUAUUCUUUUUUAACUGUAUCUCAUCUUUCCGAUUAUUUCUUGAUCCGUACGAGACCGGAGAAUAUUUUAACAAGAAGGUUUUACGAAAGAUUUUGUUCGUUAUCUUUGGCUUUAAAAUUCCAUGCUUAACAGCCUCGUUCUCAUUGGUGUUUAUUUCAUUGGUCGAAACGACAAAAGUUAAAUUAUAUUCCCCUCGAUUACAAAACAUCAAGUACGUGAUAAUCACCAUAGUUGUGCAUUUCACGUUGGCUUUCACAAUCCACCUUUACCUGAUAUUUGAACCAAGCAAAUUUCGUUUGUUGAUUAUAUGCAAUAUUUUUUUCGUCUUAUUUGGACUUGUAGUUGCAAUCAUGACGCUUUAUGCUUGCAUCAAUAUCAUCCGUUGCUUGAAAAUUUUAAACACAAGUUUUAGACGUAUGAGCACUUAUAGCAAAUCAAAGGAGACAGGGAUUGUAGUGGAGUUUCCAGUGGAAAAGAAAAAAAAGAAAUCCAGUACUACUUCUGAAAAGUCGAUAGAGUACGAUCCGUCAGUCUCGAUAUUUGCAGAUAAGUCGAUUAGAAAACUUUUGGCCAACAUCAUUGCUAUAACAUGUAGUGGAUUAAUUUACGUCGGUGCUGUAAUAUAUUCACUUCGAUUAAUUCUUGAUGGGCAAGAAGGUUUAAAACCUUGGCCAUGGUAUAUAUUUCAAACUAUAGCAAGAUCUACUGAAGUUAUAAUGGUUACAUCAAUGUCAUAUAUCGUUCGCAGAUCAUUGAUACCACCAUGUAUGAGCAAAACUGAAAACUGUUUCAAUUUUUUUGGUUAUACCGUGGUGUUCUUGCCUGAUGUUCAGCCUGAAGUUGUUCUUAAUUUGUUUUUAUAUUUUAAGCAUUUUUUACAGUUCGUCACAAAUUUUAUAAUUACAAAAUCGGAGCAAUUGAUUCUGCGAAAAUCUUUACUUGAAAAGAUGUCUGAAUUCCCAGGUUUUUUUUACCCAAGUCACCGGCCUCAAUGUGAAAAAAGAAAAGAACUUUGGAGACAAGAUAUUAAGGUUACUUCGUUUUUCAUUCCCAACAAACUCAACACUAACUACUUCCAACUCGAUCGGCAACCGAUUACGUUGCACAUUUUCCGGAUUAUUCAACUCCCUCCCUCUGACAAACUUGCAACUGAAUUGAAGCAUAGAAUCCAAACUUCAUCUUUGUCGUGUAGCGCAUUGAGUCUGGCUAAUAAUUUAAACAUAUUGAUGGAGAGAUUCGCUAAGGCAGGCAUCAUACGCAAAACUAAAGUGAAAGAUAAAGAUGUACACAAAAAGAAAGAUGGUAGCAAGACUACUGCUAAACAAACGAAGAUAAAUUAUAUAUUUACAGAAAUUAUAAGAAACACGAUGGGUUUUGAUGCUUCUCCAGAACCUGAACCUGAAUUUGAAAUGACUCGUGAAGAAUGGGGUGCUGCUUGGCCCAUACACAUUUAUACAUUUUUUGUUUUAUUUUUGGUAUUUUCUGUUUAUAACAUAAACAGUAUAAUUGGUUUAUGCUGCUGUAGAAAGGGCGAAAUUAGAAGAAAAAAGAUUUUUCUUCUAACAAACAUUAUGUUAUUUUUCUUCAACUUUAUCACAGCUGUGCAUCUUAUCAUUAAUCCAUACGAAUCACACGAACAUUUCCGAAUCAAACUUCCAGGCUUGUUGUUUAUCUUUUUUGGUUUGCGGCUACCAUGUUUGACAGCGGCAUUUUCGUUUAUUUUAACAACACUAAUCGAGACCACGAAAAUGAAACUUUACUCCAAAAAACUACAAAAUAUAUGGUACUUAACUGGAAUAAUAGUGGUUCAUUUCACUGUGGUUGUGGCUGUUCAUUUUUAUCUUGUGUUCAAUGCAGAUGAAUUUCAAGUUAUAGCAGUGUGCCAAAUGUUUUUUAUACUUUUCGGAACUGUAGUUUCAUGCACCAUCAUUUAUUGUUACCUACGAAUGAAACAGCAACUCAACCAGGUCGAAAUUUCACUUUAUAGAAGUUUCCGACUUAUAAAGAAGAAAAAAGAUAUCAUGGCCGAACAAAACGAAAGCAGUAGAAAUAAUACCGUAGACGUAAAUUUAAUUAAGCCUCGUUCACCGUUUGUUGAUAAAUCUCUGUCGAAGUUAUUCAAGGUGGCAACCUUAAUCUCUGUCUCUGGUUUGACGUACAGCGUGGUCGUAAUAUAUGCACUAGUUACGAUGCUUUUAAACACGUCUGUAGUCAUGGAAGCAUGGCCUUGGCUUGCAUACCAAACAGUAGCAAGACUAGCGGAGUGUGGUAUGGUAAUAGGAAUGUCCUACUUAGUUCGGAGGCCAUAUUUUAAACCUUGUAAAAAGUCAACGAUGGAAGAGAACACAUCGGCUGUCGUGUAGUGCUAUCAAAAAAUAACAUUGUUAGUUUCAGAAUCAUGUUUUAAAAAUCGCUGGUGAAACAAAAUCUCCUAAUCACGAGUUUAACAACAAAAGGCCAGCAUUGACAAAUCGCCCACAUUUUAUUGUCAAUAUCACAUGAAAAAGAUUAUUGGCAGAGGAAACUCAUUAAAACAUUUUAUGAAUUCCCUUGGCUGAUGUCGUCAUCCGAAAUUUUGUUUGUUCGAUAUUAUAUAUUUCCACAGUAAUAAUAUAUACACACGGAAUUAUACAUUGGUUUGUACAUAAUAAACAAGACGUAAAAUCUUUUAUUUAUACAGAUACUAAAUAUAUGUAAAAAAAAUUGAAUGUUGAUAACAAGUUUGUAAAGAUGACCACGA